AUGACUGGACUUUGUGGGUACUUUGCUCCAGACAUGCCUAGCAGCAAACUUGUCACAACAGCAAUUGAGCUGCUUCUUUGCUGUCUCCUGCUGUCUCCUGUGGAUGCCAUUUCAGAGAGAAAGCAGGCAAAUGUCUCCAAAGUGUACCUUCCUUCAUCUUUAGGACCUCAACGGCCCUCCUCAGACUCCUUAUCCUGCCAGACCCUGCACCCAAAGUCCCUGCCUGGCUUCAACUACAUGGCCCCUCUACCCAAGUUUCUGGUAGGUCUGGCUCUAAGAAAUGCCCUGGAAGAAGUUGGCUGUCACUCUGAUGCUUGGGCCCUGCAGCUUCAGCUCUUCCGCUUGGGAGGUGUGAAUGCUACACAGCUCCUCAUCCAGCAUCUUCAAGGACUCCAGAAAGGCAAUAGGACAAAGAAAGAAGUCUCAGUGGAAGCCCUGGCCUCUGCUCUGCAGCUGUUAGCCAGGGAUCAGCCAAACCCAAAGAGGACUCCGCGCUCCAUCCCCACGGUGGACUGUGACAAUGAUCAGGAACAGAGAGCAUACAAUUUCUUCCAACAGUUGCCAGGAGUGGGAACCUACUACAACUUGGGCACAGCUGUGUAUUAUGCUGUUCAGAAUUGCUCUGAAAAGGCCAAGGAACGGGGCAAAGAGGGGACUAUAGAUCUGGGCUAUGAGCUUCUGAUGUACAUGGCAGGAGCAUCAGCAGGGCCUGCUGGCAUACUCAUCAGUGCUGCACUUAAACCAGCUUUUAAGGCUGGAGUUCACAAGCUGAUUGAGUAUUACCAUGCAAAAACAGAGGUCAACACCCCUAGCAAGGAGGGCUUAAGAAGUACAUCAGAUGUGAGUGACUGGGAAUAUACAAUUACCAUGGCUCCAUUGAUAGAAGUAGUAAGUUCACCUCCCUCCUGGGGCUGA